AUAGCUAAUGGGGUGCAGCAGCGGGCCAGGUGGAGGGGAAGGGCCUAACAGGCAGAGGGAACAGCCCCAGAGAGAUCCCUGAGGCAAUCAUGCAAGCCAAAAAGAAAGCAGUGAGGAUGUAAAGGAGACAAUCUCCUGGGAGCCAAGAUUUCCUAACUGAUAAAGUGUGAGCUAGAGGGAGCCUCAGUUCAGCCUGAGGCAGGUCCCAGCAAAUUUAGGACUUCAAGUCACACUGGUCAGCGUUAACUUCCUUGACAGUAAAACCACACCCACCAAGUCUUCCGCCAGGCCCUCUAACCCUCUACUUUCCGACACAGAAGAGAGGGCAGAGCACCGCAGUCUGUCUGCCUUGGGGUCAAAGUGAGUAAUUUUCCAGGCAGAGGAGGAAGAUUAAGAAGGCAGUUGUCUUCUCACAGGCGCUAACUCCUUCGGGUAUGAUGAAUUCCUGGGAUCCCAGAACAGCUGGGCUGGAAGGGACCUCGAAAAGGGAAUUGCCAACACAUGCCCCGUACCAGGCCCUGAGCCCGGCCUUUUCGUGAACAUUGUCUUAACACUUCUAACUCCACUUUGAGGUAGGUAUCAUUAUCCCCACUUUUCAGAUGAGAAAAAUAGAGGUUUGGUGACUUCCCAAGGAGGGGCGGGGAUUUUGUACGACUCCAGAGCCCUUUCCCUGGAGCUCUCACGACUUGGAAGAUGCCGAUUCUCUGAGGUUUGAGGGAACAAGCAUCGGGUGUGAGGCGCGGAAGCUUUCCAGGGGACAACAGCGUGACGGUACUUUGGAAAAGAACCACGCCUCUCUGGUCGCGACAAUACUUAUUACUGUUGCUUUCCUUUAAGAGCUUCCCCUGAAAGAUGAAGUCCUCACCAUACGGGGAGGCGGAUAUUAUAUAUUCCUGGAUCGCCAGGACGUCUUUCUCCCUCACUCGCAUUGAUCCCCACUGGUGACAUAAAUUACCCUCCCUAAUAGCGAGUGAAGGCACCAGACUACAUUUCCCGACAGGCCAUUCGAAAGGGGGUGGUGGGGAGAGUAGGAAGAGGAGGAAAAGAGACUCUCCGUUUCCGUCGGCUCUCAAUUUGGCGUGUCCGCGGUGAUGCAAAUUUCAGCAGCCCACGUUCUGUCUCUGUAAAGCUAAGGGACUACGUCCCCCAGCAGGCAUGGGCACAGAGAGCGAUGGGCUUCCAUCUUGAUUGUAGUCCUUUCCCCCGUUUUCUCAGGGAGUAGCCUUGGGGCGUGGACUACAAGCCCCAGGUCGCCAUCUACACUUUGCUUCGGCCUCCAUCUUUGCUGAUAGUCCCUGCCCCUUUCCCCUUCCAUUGUCUCCACCGAAGAUAACAGAGGGGAGCCGGGAAAACUGCAACUCCCAUCAGGCUCUACGUCACUGGGAGGGGGGGGGUGUUCGAUAUUGCAAGCGGGCGCGGUGUCCAAGGUGGUAGAAUGAGGCGACGGGAGAGACUAGGUAGCCUGCCAUCUUUACGGUAGUCUCCUUAUUCUCCUGGUUCCUCCACUCUUAAGGAACAUUAGAGGGCUUGAAAACUACUAUUCCCAUCGCACCUAAGAUCGACCACUAGUCAGGUGUCCGCCCCUCUUCCGCCAUCUUGCUUGUAGUCCUCAUUCCUUUUCACCUUUCCAUUGUUCCUGACGAGUAGAAAUGGCAGCGGGAAGGCAGCAGAUGGACUGCGACUCCCGUCAGGUACCACACACGCGGAGGGUUGUGGACAAGAGGGCGUGUGAGUGCCUGGGAAGGAGGUCGGGUCGGGGGAGAAGGCCAUCUUGUUUGUAGUCAUCGUUCCCGCUCCUUCUCUAUGCUCUGCAACGGGGAGCCUCGGGGCAACCGGACUAUAACUCCCGGCACCCUCGGCUCCCGGCUUGGCACGUCCUCCGCCAUCUCGUUUGUAGUACCCGCUGGCCCCAGCGUCCUAUUGUCCUCAUCAUAGCACCAGCGUCCGCAGGACUACGACUUCCGUCGUGCCCUGCGCGUAUCCGUCCUGGAAAGAGGAGGUGGUGGGGAAAGGAGGGGGCAGGGGGCGGGGUUCCUCUGGGAGAAGGAGGGAGUAGAGAGGAGGAGGAGGAGGGAAGGAGGAGGGAGGGGAGGGGGAAGAGAGGAGGAAGGAGCUCAGGAGGGAUGAGAGAGGCGGCCAGGGCCCCGGGCCGAAGCUGCGCGGGGCCGGGGGACCAGGGGGGCUGAGGCACCCCAAUUGCCCCCUGCCCCUUUCCCUGCCCUUUCCAUCUUUUCCUUCCACCUUCCUGCUUGAGGAAGGGGAUUUAUUCAAAUUUUAUUUAAAUCCCUAUCUCCGGAGGGUCGCGCGCUGGGGGGGAGGGGGUGAGAGGGCGGGGGCGCGCGCAGGCUGGGGGCGGGGCCGAAGCAGCUUCCUUCACCCCCUUCCGCUCGCCCAGUAGCGGUAGGGCAGGGGGCCGCAGACCAGGGGCGGGCCCAGGGGAGGGGGGCAGGUUACAGGGACCCCCCCCUCCCCGGGAACCGGCGGUGGGCGGGGCUUGAACCCCGGAAACAGUGGGGGGCCCAGGCCUGGCCCUGGACCCCUGGGCAGUGGGGGCCGGGAAGGGGCCAGUUAAAGGGCCGGGGGUGCUGGGGAGGGGAGAGGCGGGGCGGGGUGGGGGGAGGGGAUCUGGGACUCGGACCCCGGGACUGAGUGGGGCCCGGGCAGAAGCUGUACACCCUGCGCCCGAGGAGCCCCCGUUGGCCUGGGGGGGCUGAGGGACUGAGCCCCCCAGAGCAGGACCUCCCCCUGGAAGGGCCGCGCCGCAGCCCGUGGGAGGGCCUCGCCCCCGGCGCCCCCCAUCUCCACUCGCCGCCGUCCCGGCCUCCGCCGGAGGGAGGGGCCGAGCGCCCUCGGGGGGCCGUGGACCCCGGCGUUCUGAGCGUUCCGCGCCCCGCGCCGCCCGGCCCCCCCGCCGCCGAUGGCCGCCGACCCGCCGGGAGCUGCCGAGAAGGGAGAGAUGGCUCCCGGGACACGUGUGAGCCCUCGGCGUUGCUGACGCCCCCAAUGUCGUCGAGCAGCCGGGGGCCGGGGGCCGGAGCGCGCCGACGCCGAACCCGCUGCCGCCGCUGCCGGGCCUGUGUGCGAACUGAGUGCGGGGACUGUCACUUCUGCCGAGACAUGAAGAAGUUCGGGGGGCCCGGGCGCAUGAAGCAGUCGUGCCUGCUCCGGCAGUGCACUGCCCCCGUGCUCCCACACACAGCUGUGUGCCUCUUGUGUGGGGAGGCUGGGAAGGAGGACACAGUGGAGGGAGAGGAAGAGAAAUUUGGUUUGAGCCUCAUGGAGUGUACAAUCUGCAACGAGAUCGUCCACCCUGGCUGCCUGAAGAUGGGGAAGGCUGAGGGUGUCAUCAAUGCAGAGAUCCCCAACUGCUGGGAGUGCCCUCGCUGCACCCAGGAAGGCCGGACCAGCAAGGAUUCAGGUGAGGGACCAGGCCGCCGCAGGGCUGACAACGGCGAGGAGGGCGCCAGCCUGGGGAGUGGAUGGAAGCUGACGGAGGAGCCGCCGCUUCCACCACCCCCACCCAGGCGCAAGGGUCCCCUACCUGCUGGGCCCCCCCCAGAGGACGUGCCUGGGCCCCCCAAAAGAAAGGAGAGGGAGGCAGGGAAUGAGCCCCCUACCCCAAGGAAAAAGGUGAAAGGAGGCCGAGAGAGGCACCUGAAGAAGGUGGGUGGAGAUGCCUGCCUCCUCCGAGGAUCGGACCCAGGCGGCCCUGGCCUUCUGCCCCCCAGGGUUCUGAAUCCGAGCCAGGCUUUCUCGUCCUGCCACCCUGGGCUCCCUCCCGAGAACUGGGAGAAACCAAAGCCGCCUUUGGCCUCUGGGGAGGGCCCAGCAGUGCCGUCCCCCUCACCCCAGAGGGAGAAGCUAGAACGUUUCAAGCGGAUGUGUCAGCUGCUGGAGCGGGUGCCUGACACGUCCUCGUCCUCCUCGGACUCAGACUCGGACUCCGACUCAUCAGGCACAUCGCUGAGUGAGGAUGAGGCUCCUGGCGAGGCCCGGAACGGGCGACGGCCAGCCCGGGGCAGCUCGGGCGAGAAGGAGAACCGCGGGGGGCGGCGGGCUGUGCGCCCUGGCGGUGGGGGGCCCCUCCUCAGCUGGCCCCUGGGCCCCGCCCCGCCACCCCGGCCCCCCCAGCUGGAGCGCCACGUGGUCCGGCCUCCACCUCGAAGCCCUGAGCCUGACACGCUGCCUUUGGCUGCUGGAUCCGACCACCCCCUGCCCCGCGCCGCCUGGCUUCGUGUCUUCCAGCACCUCGGGCCCCGAGAGCUAUGCAUUUGCAUGCGAGUCUGCCGGACCUGGAGCCGCUGGUGCUACGACAAGCGUCUGUGGCCUCGAAUGGACCUGAGCCGGCGCAAGUCACUGACCCCGCCCAUGCUUAGCGGUGUGGUUCGCCGCCAGCCUCGAGCCCUGGACCUCAGCUGGACAGGUGUCUCCAAGAAGCAGCUCAUGUGGCUUCUGAACCGACUGCAAGGCCUGCAGGAGCUGGUGCUCUCUGGCUGCUCCUGGCUCUCCGUCUCUGCCCUGGGCUCAGCCCCGCUGCCAGCCCUGCGGCUCCUGGACCUCCGCUGGAUCGAGGAUGUUAAAGACUCCCAGCUCCGCGAGCUGCUGCUGCCUCCGCCAGACACCAAACCAGGGCAAACGGAGAGCCGAGGGCGGCUGCAGGGGGUCGCUGAGCUGCGCCUGGCGGGUCUGGAGCUGACGGACGCCUCCUUGCGGCUCCUGCUGCGCCACGCGCCCCAGCUGAGCGCCCUGGACCUGAGCCACUGCGCCCACGUUGGGGAUCCCAGCGUCCACCUCCUCACGGCCCCCACCUCCCCGCUCCGAGAGACCCUGGUACACCUCAACCUCGCUGGUUGCCACCGCCUCACGGACCACUGCCUCCCGCUGUUCCGCCGCUGCCCGCGCCUCCGCCGCCUAGACCUGCGCUCCUGCCGCCAGCUCUCACCUGAAGCUUGUGCCCGGCUGGCAGCCGCCGGGCCCCCUGGCCCCUUCCGCUGCCCAGAGGAGAAGCUGCUUCUCAAGGACAGCUAGUUGGGUGCCCCCCACCCUCCCCCGGGACUCAUCAGGAGCCUGGACCUCAGGCCUUCAUUUCACCCCUGCCAGGAGGCCAGGUUACCCACCUCAUGACUUGGGAUUCCUGAGUUUUAUGACUUGGGAUUCCUGCCCAGGGACUCGAGCCAGCCUCCCCGCUCUCUACCCCCUGCACUGAUAUCUCUGGGGGUCUCUCCUUCCCCUCCCCUCACCCUUCCACCUGCUUCAUUGUCCAUCCCCUGGGGGGAGUGGGUCCGAGGUACUGGGGGGUGCUGAGCCAAAGGGAUGGUGGGAGGGGGGUUGAGGUGCAAGUUUGAGGGAGGGAGAGCGGGAAAGGGUAUCUGCGCACAGGAUACUGGGAGCCAGGGGGCUGGGGGAGCUGGAGGAUGGGCCGGGGGUGGGGGGACGGGCGGAAAGCAGACCACCAAGGGUUCCGGGAACAAAGACCAGAUACUUGGAGUUGGGGGGUGGGGGUGGGGCCAAAAAGGGAAACCAGAGGAGCAAUUGGGGAAUCCAGGUGUCAGAGAUGAGGGGACUCGGGGAACCAGGGGAAAGCCAGGGCUGAGUGAGGGGUGGGGGCAAGAGCAGGUGUGGGGGCGGUAGGACCCCCUCGGGGUCACCCCUCUCCUUCCUCCCUCCUCAGAUUUCAGUUCCUUCCCCCCAACCCUGACUCCUUGAACGUCACUGACAAUGGCAGCUAUUGUGAGGAGUGGGGGCUGCGGCCUACCCGCUGUUCAGCGCGGCCCUGGGGAGUGGUGAGGGGUACCCCAGCCCCCUACCUGCCUCCCCGCACUAUACUUGAACAUUCAUCUGUACUGAAGUGUUACUUGAACCGGGGGAACCUCGGACCUGGGGGAGCCGGAGUGUGAGGGGACGGGACCAGCUUGGACUGAGACUGGACCGGUGGACACCCAGUUUGGACUGUACCACCCCCAGGCUCUCUCUUGCUUUACUGUAUUGACCAACUCCACCCCUCCCUCCUGACCUGAGGUGGGGGUGGGGUGGGGUGCCAGCCCAAUGAUGGGGAAGAUGGGACUCCUCCAGCUUGGCUCUUCCCACUCUUUCAUCGUCAUGGAAACUUGUAUCCCAUUUGCCCAGGGAACUGCCACUCCUGGUUGCCAUGGAAUUAGCAGCCAAUGGACACCUCCCAAAGCCAGUGCUAAGGCUGGAAAUGGCCCCUCUUAGUUGCCAUGGGAACUUAGUAACAGACUGUUGGCCCUCCCUUUCCCUUGCCUCCACUGCGGGGGCGGGGCUUGGGGAGCCAGGGGGAGGAGUCGGGGCCAGGUCCCGCCCCUCAUCCCUGGCCUCCCUGGGGAGCCAGGAUGUACCAUGUAGGGGAGGGGGGAUCUAUCCACAUACCUCAGGUAACAGGGAGGUGCGCGGGUGGGGGGAGGGGCUGGGCGGACCAAAGGCCGGAAGGGAGGGGGUCCUGGGGAUCGCGAAAGGCUUGAGGAUGGGGCCGCUUGGGGGAGGGGGAGGAGGCAGCCCGGCGGGGGACAAGUAGGGGACCCAGCCGGGCUGGGCCCCUGGGCCCCGGGUCUGUAUAAUACGGUUUGCUAUAAAACUCAAAAUCUUCCAGCCGGG